AUGGAUCCCAUGAAUGAAUUUCUCUCCGACGGCAACGAUUCCCCUGGACUCCCAGAAAGGUCACCCAUGAGUCCGGCAAACACCGUAGAGAUGUCUCUCGUAAAACCAGUCGAUUCCCCUGGUUCUCCAGGUAAAUGCUUUUACAGUAUAUGUCCCGCCGAAGCACUCACCACAGAAGCUACGCGUCAAUUAAAUGAGCCCAUCUUGCAGAAAAUCUCUUGCGCAUCAUCAUACGAUCUCAUCGCUCCGGACAACCAUCCCGCUCUCUCUGUUUACUAUCAGAACGUUCGGGGUCUCCGCACCAAAAUAGAUGAUUUCUAUCUAUCAGCACGCGAGGCCGACUACGACGUCAUCGUUCUCACCGAGACCUGGCUGAACGACGAAAUCUUCUCACAGCAGCUCUUCGGAGAUGUUUAUGACGUAUAUCGUAACGAUCGAGAUGCGCUCACAACAGGAAAACGUCGUGGUGGCGGCGUUCUUAUUGCGGUAGCCAAUAGGUGGAAUUCACUGCAGGUUUCCAUACACACCGAUCUGGAGAUGCUAUGGGCGAAAAUUAUUACGUCAUCAUGCGAUGUUUUCUUCGGCGUCGUCUACAUGAGCCCUGACACUGCUGGCGUUCAAUCAGUAAUGGAAUCGUACAUGGACUUGGCUUCCGAGAUCCGUGACAAAAUCCGUUACCGCGACUAUUGCUUGCUAUUCGGAGAUUUUAAUCAACCGAAUUUAAAUUGGGUGCCGCAUUCAAACGGUGAUUCUUAUCCUGAUCUUGGAACAUCUUCGCUAUCUGCUUCUAGCUCGUUAAUGAUAGAUCGAAUGGCAAUGAUGAACUUGAAGCAAAUUAAUUCGGCCAAAAAUUCAAACAAUCGAACAUUGGACCUCCUUUUUGUGAACGAUGCGGCUUCUCACCAUUGCGUGGUUGGAUCGGCGCCUGAGGCACUGACCCCUAUUGACGCCCACCAUCCUGUCAUAACAGUUGACUUAACGUUCGAUUUAGCGAUUGAAUUUUGCGAUCCUACUCUCGAACAAUCUUUGAAUCUGAAGAAAAUCGAUUUUGCAGCUCUUAAUGCUGCUUUGCGUGAUAUCAACUGGCAAUGCAUUGACCAAACUGAAUCUCUUGACGAGGCAGUAUCUAUUUUUACGACAAAAAUUAACCAGCUACUUGCGUUAACCACCCCACCUCAGCAUGCAAAACGUAAACCCCCCUGGUCUAACCGAACUUUAGCAACACUGAAGCGUACAAGAGCUGCUGCUCUCAGAUAUUAUAGCCUUCAUAAGAAUGCCUAUUCGAAAUCGGCAUUUAUAAAAGCAAGCAAAUUUGAAGCGAAACCCGAAACAAUUCUGGUCGUUUGUGAACGAGAAAAGAAAGGAAACCGGUUUGCCCACAAGAAUGCACUUGAAUGA